AUUGGUUCCUCCUCGGUUGCCUCGACCCCCUUUGUCGUCCAAUCCCCUAUUAGCCUCUUUCCGCACUCCCUUUCCAUUAUUGGGACCAACCCUAUGAUUGGCUGAACCUCACCGGCGCAGAGCCGUAAUUGGCUGGGCUCGGUGCACCAGCGGAAUCCGUGAGCCGCGCUGGUGAUGGAGGGGGCGCUGCUGAAAUGGACCAACUAUCUUUCGGGUUGGCAGCCACGAUACUUUGUGCUAGAAAAUGGCAUCCUCUCCUAUUAUGACUCUCAGGAUGAUGUGGGCAAGGGAAGCAAAGGCAGCAUCAAGAUGGCUGUGUGCGAGAUCAAAGUGCACGCCACGGACCCCACUCGUAUGGAGCUGGUCAUCCCAGGUGAGCAGUACUUCUACCUGAAGGCAGGAGGUGCUGCUGAGAGACAGAAAUGGCUGGUGGCUUUGGGCAGCUCCAAGGCCUGCCUUGGGGACAGCAGGACCCAGAAAGAGAAAGAUCUGGACCUGAGCAACGAGUCCCUGGGGAGGAAGCUGUCCGAACUGCGGCUGUACUGCGAUGUGCUGACACAGCAGGUUCUGGCCGUGCAGGACGCCACGCACCCUCAAGACAAUGGCUCCCCGCUCGACAUCCAGAAGAUGAACGAAGCUUCGUCCUUGUUGCAGGCCACCUGCAGCCAGUUCAUCUCCACGCUGGAAGAGUGCAUGAAAUUUGCAAACACCCGCUUGGCACCUGAGCUUUACCAUCCUUCGACAGUUCCCCAGCCUUCUGAUUUCGUGGGCACCAAACUCCCACAUUCCCACCGGGUAAAACGUUCUAUGAGCCACACGGGCAUCGUUUCCUCAGACAGAGCUCUGGAGCCAGCUCGGAUCCCCCCGGCACUUCCCAGAGGAACGGUGACUGUCCUGCGCAACCUGGAGGAGAUGGUGAUGCUCCGCUCACAGCAGUGGGGGCAGCAGGGUGCCCAGUCUGAAAGCCCCACAGGCACCAUAACCGAAGAAGCCAUUGAUACCGAGUUGUCGGCACAAGACCCGCCAGUGGAUUCGGCCGGCAGUGACCGAAGGCUGUAACCUGGAUUUUGGUGCUGCCUCGACUCUUAUGGACAGUUUGGAGCUCUCCUUACCGCUAACUAGCUAGAACGAUGGGCCGGAGGUUCCCUCAUCUAGCUUAGGAAUAGCCCGAGCCUGUCGGAUGUGUGGUUGGUUGCAUCCUCUGUGGCUGGCAAGCGUGAAAGGCUGGGGCGGCUGGUCGGUCUUGUGGUUGCCGGAUGUCUGGGAAUGUUGCCAGGGCUGCUGGGCAUUCCAAAACAGCCCUCGGUAAGAAGAGGCUGGUUCGGGGGGCAAGAUAGGGACUAGCUCUCCUUGCUGGAUUAGGUAGGGGAGGAAGAGAUGGCCCUGAAAAGAGCGUGGGAUGCUUAGGAGGCACCUUCUUCCUGGACAGGUUGCCCAGAUGUUCUCCUGGUGCUCUCCCCAAUGUCCUUACGUGGACAACAUUUCAGUCCCAGAGGUAGCUGGCGACUCAAGGUCUGUGGCAGGUGCAGAACACCUUCCUUCCCCCUCCCCGGACUAAGAUCUGCCCCUGCUUCCAGCCUUAGAGUUGCUUUGUUCCAGGUUGACUUGGGAAGUGCUCUGCCCCCCUGGGAAGACUUAACUUGCUGAGCAUCCUUUCCCUUUCCUCAGCAGAGGCCUCUUCCUCCAAAGCCCUCACCCCAAAGCGGACUUCCAUGACGGAACUUGCCGUGCGGCAUGUAGAAUUCCUCCUACGCUCUCCCUGCUUCUCUUCAGCCCUUUGCCGGAGCAGCGUGUCGCCAAACCCCGUGGUAGGAAAAGCAGUGUUUUUUGGGGACGUCUGACCCUAUGGCCAUGUUUGGCUCCCCCCACCCCCCGCACGCGCAGGGCUAGGUGACUUCAACCACUCACAUGCCAGACAUGAAUUAGCUCCUGUACACUACAGUUGGGAGAGUUAAGUCUUUGUCUUGUGGGUUUGUCUGUCAUCUAUGUUUUUUGUACAGAAGCAUGGCAGGAUCCUGGGCGCACGUGUGUGUGUGUGUGUGUCCGUCCGUCCGUCCGUGUCCCUCUCCUCCUCUUGAGCCCAUUCACGCGGAGAGCCCUGCCAAAGAUCAGACUCUAAUUUUGAAUGAAGACUCUAAUUUUGAAACAAA